AUGUCAAGGAAAGAGAGCUCCCGUAGAAAGAGCCAUCACACUGAAGACCUUGCUUCUAGACCUGAGAUUCAGAUACCUGUGAGCUACGUGUACCACCUUCUACGGGAAGAGCAAUACACCCCAUUUAUAUGUUCCUCAAUGACCCAUUUCUUACUCACCAUGCUUGAUCACCUUACUGACUACAUCCUGGAGCUGGCAGGCUCCGAGGCCAGGACACCACAAACCACCCCUCAACGUGGGAAGAAAGAAGAUCAUAACUGUGAGCCCCCUCGUGUCUUCAACAAUGUGUCCUUCUCUUUGUUCGAUGAGAUGCCUGGACCCAGGAGGAAUGGCUGA